AGCAUUUCUUCGUUGGUGCUUUUCUUCCGAGUUCCUUUCAUGGAGGACGUUCAUUGAUGUUUGAAAAGCAAUCAGAUAUAAUAAUCAAGUUUUCAGAGUUUAGAGGAAAAUUUCAGGAUGAUUGAACCCAUGAAGAGAGCGGCCGACAUGGCGGUGGUUCCUGCCGCCGUGAAGCGGCCGCGGAUGGAGCUGGUGGCGGCGGCUCAGUCCCAACAACUGGUAGCUACGGUGAGUAAAAUCUACUGCAGAGGCCACGUGUUUAUUUAUGUUUAUAUACGUGUUCAAACAUCCGUUUAUCUGUUAAUACAGGUUAAUAUAUGUUUAUACAAGUUUUUAUGUGAUUGUACUGCUUUCUAUGAGUCCAUACGUGUGUAUAUGAGUUUAGAAGUGUAUAGACAUGUUUAUUCGUGUUUAUAAUACUUCUUUUAAAGUUUCAUGAUAUUUAGUCAGAGGCUAUCAAAAUACCGUCCAUGACACCUGUAAAUUUACCUGGUUUAUACUGAAGUGAACUGGAAUAAUUGUUUACAAGUUAACUCAAAGCCCUUAUAAGUAACUUUUUUUCUGUAGUGCCCCCUGUGGGUGAUAUUAUGUCUCGUAUCUUUAUUGUUUUCUGGUUCUGUACAGCUGCAAGUGGUGUGUUAUGACCAUAGACAGUAUAUACUAUGGACUAAUUGGUUCUACUUCCCACACGUAUACAGAUUUGAAGCCAAAUAGCUCUCGGUAUUUCCGGGAUUUUUCUUUAUUUCCUGAAACCAGCGCUGCGCAGUAGCGAUGCGCGCACUCGGGCGCGCAGUCGCCGAGAGUCGCUGUGAUGACGCUCGGCUCAAACUUAGAGCACAAACCAGUCUUACUGUAACUACAUGUCUCUGUCCAUUCUAUAUACAGUCUAUGGUUAUGACACAAAGUCACCCUGUUUAGUGAAUAGUGUCUAAUAUCAUUCUAGAAUUGUAAAAGGUGAAAAAAAUGAGAUUUUCCUUGAGAGUGCUGCCUUUCCCCAUCCCGCAUUCACAGGCUUUAUUAAUUACAUCAAAUCAAAAUCUAUUUGCUAUCAGUGCAGUUUGAUUCAGUAGGUCUACUUUCCUGGUCACGUGGCAUUGCUUCUGUUGAACAUUUUGCACCUUUUUAUUAAAAAUUCUCACAAUUUCUUUUACCAUUGACCCUAAAAAUUACAUUUAUCUAUCAAGUUGAACUACUGCAAGAAUGUUUUACACCAUAUUUUGCAACCCUCCCACUAGUAUUUAUGAUUUAAGAUGUCUCUCCUUCAGGGCCCUCCACGAACCUCCAGCCUGCAGGCUCCCAUCAUGCUGAUGUCUGGCCACGAGGGCGAGGUCUACUGCUGCAAGUUUCACCCCAACGGAGCCACACUGGCCUCCUCAGGAUUCGACAGGCUCAUACGUGAGACAACCCCAAGAAGCAGCUCAUACAUCUUUAUUUUAAUGUAUUUACAGACUCUGUGACCUUCAAUAACUUGUUGUGCUUUGUGUUUAUUAGUGAUGUGGAAUGUGUAUGGAGACUGUGAUAAUUAUGCCACUCUGAAGGGUCACAGUGGGGCAGUGAUGGAGCUGCAUUACAACACAGACGGCAGGUAUGAUCAGUCCUUACUCUGGUUUAUUUACGGUUUAAAAGCAGCACAGUUCAGUUAGAAACGUGGCUUUUGGCAUCUUUAGCAUCUAAACAGUCUUCAAAAUUCUCACGUUUCAAUUGUUAACAUGUUGACCGUUAUUGAUAUCUUGUUGUUUAUCUCAGCAUGCUGUUUUCAGCGAGCACAGAUAAGACUGUAGGAGUGUGGGACAGUGAAACUGGUGAGAGAAUCAAGCGUCUGAAGGGCCACACCUCCUUUGUUAACACCUGCUACCCCGCCCGCCGAGGACCCCAACUUGUCUGCACUGGUAGUGACGACGGGACUGUCAAGGUGAAUGAAAUCAGUCAAACAGGGUAGACAUGAGAGGAUUUUUACUUUGUACACUUUGUGACUCAUCGUAGUACAUUUCUAUUUAUCUUCCUGCAUGUGUUUGCCACCCUUUAGCUGUGGGACAUUCGUAAGAAAGCAGCAGUCCACACUUUCCAAAACACCUACCAGGUGUUGGCAGUCACUUUUAACGACACCAGCGACCAGAUCCUGUCAGGAGGUAUCGACAAUGACAUCAAGGUAACAAACUGGAGUACACCCGGUCAACUUGAACUAAUCAUUUCUGAGACAGCAGAUUUUAUUAAGAACAAUAUGAUAAAUAUGAGACAAGAGAGGAAAUCAGAUUAGCCCUAAAGACAUGUACAUUAAUGUCAUUCACCUCAAUUAAUGAGUAAUGAUAACAGCUGACCUUGAAUAAAUCUUGUGUGAUCCCCAUACUAUAAGUCUAGACUACAUUUAACUUCUUUAGAAUUGCUCUUUUCAUGCACUCAGUCACCCACUCACUCACAUACUUACUUAUUUACUCAAUUUACUCUCCUAUUUACUUAUUAACUAAACACCCACGCUUACUUUCUCUCUAACUUAUUCAUUUACUAACCUACAAACAUACUAACUCCCCAACUUCAUCACCACACUCAUUUAGUCUUCAACUAACUUACUUCCCGACUUAGUAACCAUAGUUAAAAUACUUACAUUUUUCCUACUUAUUUGCAUAUUAACUCAUUUACUUAAUAGCAUUUUAACUACAAACUAACAGACUAACUUUUUAGUUCUCUUACUUAUUUAUAUACUUACUCACCAUUCUUCCUAACUUAAAUACUCACCUAAUUAUUAAAUCACUUCACUUAUGUACUGUCUCACUUACUCACUCACUCAAUAACUAACUGCUUAACACCCACUUACCUACUUACUGUUGCGGAAAACAUGUGUAGUAUGCAGCAUAAUCAAUGCAAAGGAUACAGGAUGAGAUCUGAAGAGCAGCCGGGACAUUUUUAUUGUACAGAUGCAGAAAUCAGUACAGUUGACACAGAGUCCCUUUAGAUGUGUGUUGCAAGACUUUCUGGCCUGAUAACUGGAACCCUGGGAGAUUAUCCAAGGACAUGUCACAUUGUUCUGGAAUUCAACAGAACAUUAGUAUUUCUGGGAACCCAACUUGACUUUCCUGGCAGUCAUUAGGAUCAACUCAACUUUUUGUGACCUGUGAAAGUUCAGGCCAACCUCUCAGUUGCCUUCAUGACCCAUCCUCCAAACUAUCUCAGCCUAUUAUAAAUCACUGUUAUAAACAUCAAUAAUUACUCCAACACUACAUAAUUACUUGCUUAAUAAUUAUUGUAUGUACUCACUAACUUACAAUUUACUUUCCUGCUGAAUUAACAUACUUACAUACUUUCUUAAUUACUCAUAAACUUACUUCAUAACCAUACAAACCUAAUUAAUUUCUUACUUAUUCACCUUCUUACUUAAAUGCUACACAUACUUUCUCACUUACUGACUUUCCUAUGCACUUGUUUGCUUACCUUACUAACAUACUUAGCUACUCACACACUUACCUCCUCACUAGCUUACUUAUUUGCUUAAUUUGCUUACCUGCUUCCUUAUUUUCUUGCUCACUUGCAUGGACGCUAAUCUACUUACUUGCUUGCUUACUUAAUUGCUUGGUUGCUUACCUACUUGGAAUAUGGCCACAGACAAAGUAAAUUGAAAAAAGGUUUAUAGUGAGCCCAGGAUCCUAAAGUGGCAUUCAUUAUUCUGAUACUAUGUGUUGUUGUCCAAAAUUUGAGGACAAUUUUCAUCGCUGAGACCUAUUUUUUGUGAGUUUAACUUCUUCCAUAACUUCUUGUUUUUGCUUUCUAUAAGUGUCGCUAGUUUUAUUCACUACACUCUGCUUGUCAUUGCCUGUGCUGCAGGCUCCUACCUAUUAUUUGUGUCUACUGUUACCAUGGUAUAAAUGUAGGAUAAAAGAACAACAUCCCUGCACUAGCUGACCUCUUCACUUGUGAAUCUCUCGUUAUGAUGUUGAAUGAUGCUGAAUCCUUGAGAUUUUUGUUGUUGAUGAAUUAUGUUGUGUUCAAGUGUUUGACUCCAGCCAUUAUGAUGACAGCAACAUUCACUGGUAUGAAACCAGUAUAAAGCAGGUUUUGUGUGUGUGUGUGUGUUGUGCAGGUGUGGGACCUGAGACAGAAUAAGCUGAUCUACAACAUGCACGGUCAUGGAGACUCAGUGACUGGACUCAGUCUGAGCUCAGAAGGGUCGUACCUCCUCUCCAACUCCAUGGACAACACAGGUUUGGAGCUGAAGUGUGUUUUUAUAACCAUGUAAUAUAUAUGCCUUAAUUUUUGGAUUAAAUUUUCUGCGGCUGAUCCCUUUUCUUUAGUCCGGAUUUGGGAUGUUCGACCGUUUGCGCCCAAGGAGAGAUGUGUGAAGAUUUUCCAGGGCAAUGUCCACAACUUUGAAAAGGUGACUUAUAGAAACUCUAAUACUUUUUUGGCUGUCUGGAUCAAACCUCAUCUACUACAACUGACUGUUCACAUGAAACCUAUUCGAUCUCUAACUGUGUGCAGCUGUGGUCCAGCUUGCAAUGUUCAUACAUGUCUCUAAUACAGUCCCAAUAAUCCUAUCCAAUAAUCUUUGUUUCAGAAUUUGCUGAGGUGCUCCUGGUCGACUGAUGGCAGUAAGAUUGCUGCAGGCUCAGCUGACAGGUGAGAGGAGACACACCCACUCCAUUUACACACUCUUGCACACACGUGGCUGUUUAGGGGGCUCAUGUAUAUUUUUAUUGGAAAAUCUUUAUUGGUUCAGCCUUGAAAUCUUAUACUAUCUGACAACUUUUCUUGAGCUUUGUUGGGGAUAUGGACAGUGCAUCCAUCUUUUACAAACAUGUUAUAUAUGUGAGAAAGUUUUUUGUCAUUGUCAGAUGUCUGGAGUGAAGUAUAAGGGUCUAAUCCUUUAACAAGCAUGCUGUUUAUACUUACUGAUACUAAUUAGUUUGUAUCAUAGAUAAAGCUGUUUUCUUAUCUGUGUUUCUAGGUUUGUUUACAUCUGGGACACCACGUCACGAAGGAUCCUGUACAAGCUGCCGGGCCACGCUGGCUCCGUCAACGAAGUGGCCUUUCACCCAGAAGAGCCCAUAGGUAAGUCUGACAUCUGCUUCAGUCUCAGAACACAUCCUAUAAUCCAAAUUAGACAAAUAUGAUACAGAUAUUUAAAGACUAUUUUUGCUCUGUAAACCUCAGGACUAAGAGUAUUUUUCCUUCCUCACAGUGCUGUCUGGCUCCAGUGAUAAACGCCUCUACAUGGGAGAGAUCCAGUAGUGUGUAUGUGCGUGAGAGAAAACAUUUGAUGAGUGUGUGUGCGUGUGCAUGUAUGUUCUGCCUCAGAAGUGGAUGGGUGGUGUCCAACAGUGGGUUAGGAGUCUCUGUAAUUUCAUGAGCUUCAUCUUGUCACAGAACAACCUCAGGACGCAUGUUUGAAGUUUGUACCACUUAGUCACAACAACCUCCAAAAUGACUCAUUUUUUAUGACGCUGUGUUUCUUUUUAAUAAACUCUAGUAUUCUGAAAAAAAAGGCUCCUGUCACGUUGAUAGUUUCUUUGUGUCUUUGUGGUUUUAAAAGAAAUCUGGGCUAAUUUUAUCAACAAAGAGUAAAAAAUAGGGAACAGCGUGACCUGGUUAUGCUCAGAUGAGUUAUUUUUGAUCAUUUAUCUAUUACAUGGAAAAGAGAGGGAGGGAAAGUGUCUCUGUCUCCACUUUCUUAGUACUGCUUUCUAACCAUGUACUGACAAAGUGAAGUAUGCUAAGAUUUGUGUAUUUUGUGUAAAUUUGUAGCAGUCACUGUUAUUGUUGAUAGCUGUGCAGACUAGUUGCUACAGCAUUUAAAAAAACUGACCUUUGUUCACCUGCUUUCAUAUGUUCUUUUAUUCAUGUAAGUGUUAUUUCUCACUGCCUUGGUACCACACAGUUGUCGGCCUCUAGUCUAGAGAGAUGCAUUUAAUGGAUCAUUUAACACCGCAAGGGAUGGGAUUACUAGGAAUUAAUAAAUAAUACUUCCCGAACUCUAGUCUGUCUGACUUCAAACAUUGAAUUUUUGAUUCAAUAAUAAAUGAGUGUUAUUUAUA